CUUACCCUGGAGCUCUACUCUUAUUGCCCAUGUCUGUGCUGCUCCUGCUGUGGUGUACAGACCCAGCUGAGCACAUUUCACUGUUAAUGACACUGUUAUAUGGCGGAGCGGCCCUGCACAGGGGCGACACGGCUCAGUCACGGAGAGGACGAUGGACCGGAUCGAUCGAGAUUACCGGUGAACGAUGAGCAAAGCUGCCGUCAGAUCCAGGACGAGGAAACGCAGACGAAGAAAACAGAGAAUGGAAAAAUAAAUGGAUUUGUAGUUGAGGGAGAGGAGAUUCCCACUUCCCUUGACCUAGACAGCUCUCGGCAUUCAGUGAGCCAAAAUGGUAACAAACUCCGACUAGAAUCCGACUUGAACCCAAAACCCUCUGGACAGCCCCCACACACUGGCCUGAAGGGGGAAAGGAAAGGCAAUAACACUAGUAGAAACAGUAUGGACUGCAAAAAUGACAAGCCCUCAGAGUUGACCACACAUGAGGGCAAGAAAGAGGCCCUUGUGUCUCUAAACGGCAUAGUGACACUGAACUGUGGGCCACUCACCAACGGUUAUCCCGGCAAGCCAGGCACGGACAACGAUGGCAGUGGCUCAGAAAGCGGUUAUACCACACCGAAGAAGCGCCGAGCCCAGAGGAACGGCAAAUCUUUGGACAAUGUGACUGCUUCAAGCCAGGUCAAGGCCAUGCAGCAGGCCAGUAAGCAAGAAUCAGGGCCGGCCACUCUAGAGCUGGUCGACAGAACCUCAGCCGUGCAGGUGGAAAUCAGCCGAGCCUCCUCAAAGACAGACAGCCAUUCCAGUGGCUUUACAAAAACUAGGGAGGCAAACACUACCCCACCUGCGGUACUGACAUCUGAGGUUUACCGGAAAAGCACUGGGAAAAAAUUUGAGGAUAAGUCCACUAAAACGAAAGUGGCAGCAUCAGCUAAAGAGGACUCGUGGACUCUGUUCAAGCCACCACCCGUCUUUCCUGUGGACAAUAGUAGCGCGAAGAUAGUGCCUAAGAUCAGUUAUGCAAGCAAAGUUAAGGAGAACCUCAAUAAGGCAGCCCAGGCCGGCACUGAGAUUCCCGCCCCUGCUCCGCAGGUACCUGGGAGGCCAUCACAGGUGCCUAUGUCAGCUGUGAAAACCAUCACCUCGGCCAGCUUUAGCAACGGUGACGGCAACACCUGCCCUCUGCCUGGUCCCCACUUCAGCUCGGUCUCCAGUUCCUCCCCGGUGCCAGUCUCUUCAGCAGGCUCUGAUCAUGUAGCAUCUUCCUCCAGCGGUAGCUGCAAUCCAUCCACCUCGACUACCACACCUGAGCCCAGGAAGCCUAAUCUGUUUGUUUACCCCCUUUCCGCCUCCUCCUCUUCCAAUAUGCAACUGUCUCUCCCCAGUGGCCGUCAAUCCGACCCCCCACCCAAUCAGAAAUCUCUGGGCGACAUCUUCCAAAACCAGUGGGGUUUGUCGUUCAUCAACGAGCCCAGCAGUGGCCCGGAUGGUCCGGCGUGCAGCUCGGCAGCAAAGGACAAACCCGGACAGGUGAGCUUUCAGGGAGGCUGCACUGCCGCUGUGGCAACACAGACACACAGCUCCCCCCAGAGGCUGGAUACAUCAACUUUCCCAGACAAACGGACUAGCAUUCAGAGCGCGAGUAAAGGAGGACAUCCCACCCCAUCUCCAGUCAGCGGGUCCACCGACGACUCGCUUCAGGCCUUGACCCUCGAGGUGGAUACACAAAAAGACGAUUCUGGGGUUUCUGGUGCAAUAGUGUUUUGCUCUUCAUCUAAGGACGUUGGGGCGGAGCUUCCGCAAAAGUCGUCUCUGCCCAGAGAAAGCUACACUAAGGGCUUCGAGAGGAAGGCCAGCUGGGACUUUUUUGAUCUUAAAGCUGCUGUAGUAUAUCACACUAAAGAAAUGGAAUAUAUUUUGAAUUUGCAAAAGCAAGAUCCAAAUCGUGUAGUGCUCUACAGUGAGUCUAAGAAUGGUCCUGAUCAGUGAGGCUCAGUCGGGACACGCCGUCUCCCUAGCCAGACUCCGCUACGGUUAAAACACAAAAAAAAUAAAUAAAUAAAAAAAAGAGAUGCGCUUCAAGAAACCCGGUCGCAGCCUCUGACUCGGAAAUAAAACGUCGUGACUCAGAAGAAAGGACGCUCUUGAGGCGGAGCGUUGAAAAAGGCUGAGCACAAAGUGGAGAAAUCGGGUUAGCUGAAUAAACUAUGAGAAACGAGGACCUGGAGCCAAGACGCUCUGCUUUUAAAGCAGGCCCUGUUUUUUUGUUUGUUUGUUUGUUUGUUUGUUUUGCUAAAAACAAUAAUAAUUAUUAUUUUUUGUUGUGGGGGGAGGGGUGGUUUACAAAUUCACAAACUCGUACAGUACGGCUUUUCUUUCAGAAACGGAGGAGAUGGCAGACUUGGUCCUGCUGGCUGCCUGAGAUGAGGAAGCACCUCGCACCCAGACGCACGUGUUCGAACACACUGAAAUACUUUUGACGGGCAUGUUUAAAAAAAUAAAAAAUAGAUAUAUAUGUCGCCCUCUAGUGACUGGGGGGUUAAAUCACUGAGAUGAACUGUUCAAUGUUUUAGGGGACACAAGAAACCGUUUAGGUCGUGCUGGCACUUGCUAAGGCCUUGGGGUAAUUGUCUUAAUUUUUGUGAAUGAGUUUGGACACGAUUUCAUUGUCUGCUUUUUUUUUUUUUUCCUUUUAACUUCAGUUAUACUUAAAAAGGAAAUGAAAUUGUAAGGUUUCCAGGGUGCACUUAAGUGAGAAUAGACUUGCGAACUGCUGUCUGCGUACGUCUUCUGGAAGAUUCACUAGUCUUACCAUCGUCGCCGCCAUCAUCAUCGUCGUCGUCUUUUCACCUUCCGCGUCACUUUGUAAUGCUGCCCGCGCACCUAUGGCAGACACGGAGCUAUAAUCUGACUCUUUUUUUUUUCUUCUUUUUUAAAUCAUUUUACAUUUUUUCAGUUUUAUAUUAACUUUUAGAUCCUAGUGGACGAGUAGAUAAGAUGCGAUACACCACAGAUGUUAAAAUCGCUUCAGCACCAGUAUUUUUUAAUUCAUUUCCUUCAAGUCUCUCUCUCUUUCUCUCUCUCUCUCUCUCUGUCUGUCUGUGUGUGUGUAUGUAUUUUUUGCACAAGGAACCGAAUCUGCUGUUGUGGUGCGAGUUGUAUUUUAGGGUCAGAAGGCCACAGUUUCGCAUGACACGAUAACAGUUUGUUUGAUGCACCCAUUUCUUUUUUUUUCAGUGCACAUUGCUUAUUAUUUUCACAGUUAAACAGGGCUCUGUUCCUUUAAGCUCAUGGAUUUAUAAUGUAAAGCCGGCUUUACGUUUGGAGCUCGGCUUCUCUACUUGUUUGGUUUUUAUUUUUUUGUUUCUUUCUCUCUUUAGCGUCAGGAAGCAAAUAUUAAGAUUUAACCUUUCAUUUUCCAUCUAUUUUAUCUCAUCGCAAAAUAAUUGAAUCAUAUGUUUUUUUAUAUAUAUAUAUAAUGAGUAGCACUUUAUGUAAUUUUAAAUCGUAUUAUCUUCACAGAACGUCGACAGAUCAGCGCGUAACGGAAAUUAUAGCAAUUAUCGAUAGGAGACUAAUUUCUAACAGAGGUCCUUUUUAAAGGAGAAAAAAAAACGUGUUAAAAAGAUUAUAAUAAAUAAAUAAAAGGAAUAAUUUAGAGAAUAGUGCAAGGAGAGUGAAAUGAAAUGUACCAACAGUGUUAUUGCCAAAAAUGAAAACAAGGAUGUCUAUGUUUGACACCAAUAUUUUUCUUUUUUUUCUUCUUUUGUUUAUCUAACAAAACUGAUUUUAAACUCUAGUAGAAAGCCAAGUGCAUCAUUUAUCUGUGUACUAUCUCUCUCUCUCUCUCUCUCUCUCUCUCUCUCUCUUUCUCCCUCUCUGUUUUUUUUUCCCCUUUACACAGGGUCCUAAACACUGCCAGCUCCAGAGGUGGAAAUAAUGUACAGCGAUUAUAUUAUUAUUAUUUUUUCCUUAUUAUUAUUAUUAUUAUUAUUAUUUGAGAUGAAAUGCUGUAACAGUUUCUUUGCCUUUCUUUUUUUUUCCUGUCUGUAUUUUUUUUUCUCCUCUCUUUCUGUUUCUGAAGCUGGCUCACGGUUCAGCCCUGGAUUAUUACAAGACAUUUCACAGCAUCAGCCAGAUAAUGAACUCGUACAUCACAACCGUUUUAUCUAUAUAGAUAUAUAUAACGCUAAAGGUUAUUUGUUUGCUUUUAAUAUUUCUUUGAGAUGCUGCUUCUCUUUCUGGUUUAAUUGCUCUUUUUUCCCAUCCAUUUUUUUAAAUAAUUUUUUUUUGUUGUUGUAAUGCACUUCCACUGCUUUCUCCUUGACUUCCUAACAGUCGUGUUAAAAAUCAGUUCGCCUGAGUCGCUCCCUAACCAUUAGCGAGCAUAGUGUUUACUUUAAAGCUUCUUUUUAUUUCUUUUAAAAGAAGGAUGUGAUCAGAGAGGAACAGAGCUUCUAAAGGGACCCUUUAAAAUUAUUAUAAAUUGAUAAAAUAAAUAUUGUUAAAGCUGGUGAGUGUUACAGCAUGUGCUUUUCUUUUUAAAAAAAAAAAUCGUGAAAAUAUUUGAAGUACAUGUGAUCCAUUUCCAGUUUCAGAUUUUUUAUAUUCCCCUGAAACUGGGGGGCAUAUGUGAUAAUCCCCUUAAAAUUUGUCAUUUAUUUGCUGCGAAAGAAAAAAAACGUAUACAAACAAAAAGAUUAUCGUGUGCAUUAAUUAUUUUUUCUUUAUGUGAGCCAUUUACAUUCUCAUUUUUCUAUUUUAUAGUUGUUGUUUUUUAAGUAAAAGCAAAAAAUUAUAGUGAUCACGAGAAUAUUUUGAUUUUACAAGAUUUUUUUUUUAAACAUACAUUUGGUGUAAUGCUUUUUUUUUAUCUGUUCCUCAAAGGGAAUGAUUGUGCAUGAACUCCUUAAAUUCUUGUUUUCUUAAAAAAAAUAAUAAGAAAAAGAAAAAAAAAAUGUGUCCUGGACAUCAUAUUAUGUUUUUAAACCUUUUUUUUGUGUGUUCAUUUCAUUUUUAUUUUUUUAGGGAAUUACUGCUUAUGCACUCUUGUGGGGUUUGUUUGUUUGUUUUUAAAGAAACAUCAAACAAUCCUGUGGAAACUCUAGAUGAUCAUGUGUACGUGUGGGAAAAAUAUUUUCAUGAUUUUUUUUUUUUUUUCCCUUUCAGAAAGAAAGUAAAAUGUUUUGUUUAUCAGUCAUUUAAGCGUUUGCUUUAAGAACGUAACGAAAAUCUUGUGAAAAUGGAAAAUUAUCUCUUGGGCAACAUUUUCCUAUUUUUACAGGAUUUUAGU